AGCUUGUGGUCGGAGAGCCCGACAAGCGCGCUUGGACUGCUCGGUGACUGGGUGACAGACUGGAAUCCAAGUCACGAUGAUGUGCGAGCUCGUAUUCGUUAACGCCGCGGUUCCGCCUCGCAAUCACGAUGCGCUUUGUGAGUGCGAUGACUGCGUUAGUUUGAGAGCAAUUUCGUGACUGCCUCUUUCUAUUUUUCCCGUCUUAUUUCUUCCGGGCUCGUCUUGGCUGCCUGCGGUGACCAUGCGCGCCCCAUGUCUGCGCUGGAGCCAGUGGGCCGGCCGGCGGCUGGCGCUCUCGCUCACUCCGUCGCCAGCCUCCGCCUGUGUCGGUCGUGCUCCGUCCCGCUCCCUCGCCACCUCAACGCCGCUCGCCAUGAUCAAGGUCGGAGACAAGCUACCCGAGGCCACCCUCUUCGAGGACUCGCCGGCCAACAGCGUGAAGACCAGUGACCUCUGCAAGGGCAAGCGGGUGAUCCUGAUCGGCGUUCCGGGCGCCUUCACACCGGCCUGCUCCCAGACCCACCUUCCCGGCUACAUCAAGGAGGCCGACACCCUGAAAGCGACUGGUGUGGAUGAGAUUGUCUGCAUGGCCGUCAACGACCCGUUCGUCACCGCCGGCUGGGCCAAGGCGCAGGGAGCGGAGGGCAAGGUUCGUAUCCUGUCCGACGUGAAGCGUGAGCUGACCUCUGCGAUGGGCAUGGAUUUCGACCUGUCCGACAUCCUGGGCACGGUGCGCUGCAAGCGCUUCUCCAUGGUGCUGCAGGACGGCGUGGUCGAGUCGCUGGACGUCGAGCCCGACGGCAAGGGCCUCUCCUGCUCCCUCGCCGACGUACUCGCCAAGAAGCUGGCCAAAAAGUGAGCGCGGCGCUGGCGGCGGCGGCGGACCGGCCAGUACGGGCGCGCUGAGGGUGAGCGGGGUGGGAGAGCUGUGAGACGGAGGGUGAGAAGGGGAGAGCUGGGCGCGCUGAGGGCUGAGCGGGGUGAGAAGGGGAGCUGGGAUGUCUGGCCGUGGCAGUGAGAGCGUAGGGCAUUCAGAGAGCUGAGUGUUGUAAAUGUUUCUCAGAAACGUGACAUGACUUUUGUCGGAUCGUUGAGAAUUAACCUGCUUAGAGUCUGGUUACGAGGUGUUAACCGGCGAAUCAUGGCUGUUCGCUAUAUUGAGCUUGUAACAAAACCUCUCCAGAAUAUAUUGUUUAGAAUGUCUAUUGUCCAAACACCAGAUAGGUGUGUCUUUGUUUAUUAUAUGAAGCACAAUCGUGAGCACUGCACGGUGACAAUAAAUAUUUGGUUAUGAA